UCAACUUCCUCGUUACUUCUGCCUGCAAGCAUCACAAUGAUCUGCGGGACACUUUUUUGGUCAUUUUUGACAAGUGGACUUGCAUCUUCAUCUUUUCUUGGCACUCUAAACCAAAGACUAAACUGCAACCAAGCGGGUCUUGACAGCUGCAAAAUGAGUAUGUCAGCCUUGUAAAGCCUGCACACAUGAUUCUCUUAUGAAUCAACACGUUGAUAUAUGGUAUACUGUAUGUCCCACAUCAGACAACUGCUCAGUCAAACACGCGGUGGUACCCAGGCAGCGAGCCCCCACUGGCCCUGAGUGGGGGUCAGAGUAUUUGGAAGUGCGUCUGAACAACCAUCUGCCUGUCCCUGUUAUGAACGUGACAUGGACCCUGAGGUCAGAUGCAAGUAUUUUGACACUCCAGGGGUCAGAGUUGCACAUUGUGGAUAAAAGCACAAAGCAAAGUCUGUGUGUGCACUUCACUUACAGCAUCGGCCAGCAGCUCAAGUUCAACUCCAGCAAGUGGACAUUUUCAUUGGAUGGGGUGGUGGUGGAGGCGGGACAUUCAUACCAGCUGUCAGCUUUUAACUUGCCACAACCCAAAGUCGGAGAUUACAGGAUCACGAAGCAAGUUACCAUCCCAGGAUGUGGUGACAAGAGAAUCCAAAACUCCCAGAUGUGCUUGGAAAAUGGUAGUCUUUGGCACCCUGAAGUGACAGCUGUGUUGUUGGUUGGGAAACGUGGCCUGUUGUCUGUUGUGGUGGGAUUUCAAGCAGACGGGUAUUCCGACAUGUACCAAGUCUCCAUUGACAACCAGGGCGUCUAUUUAUCCAGGAAUGUUUCCAGGGCGAACAGAACCUCUCUGAAUGUGACGUUUGCCGUGGAUGUGUCACAGCUCUUAUCGUGCAACCUGACCAUAACGAUAAAGCCGUUUUUCAUCAGAUGCCAGAAGCAGUCUUGCCGUCCGGAGCAAAGGGACAUCAACUACUGCUCAUAUUAUCCAGUACGGACUGUGAUGAUUAAGGGCACGGUUGUGUUGGUGUUGGUUGGUGUUUGCUGUGCUUGCCUGCUGUGGCAAGCAUCUUCUAAAGGUGACAUCACCACAUCACCAUCUGCUGCAGAGGAGCAUCCUGAAUGCUUUCAGGUGCAAGGAAGAAGAAAAGUUGUCAUCAUCUAUUCCCUGGACCACCCCUUGUACAAAAACAUCAUUCUCAAGCUGUGUGCCUUCCUCACAGCCAGAUGCGGCACGGAGGUGGUCCUGGAUCUGCUGGAUUCCACCAGACUGGGAAUACUGGGUCGUAUUCAGUGGCUGGACUGGCAGAGGGAACAAAUGGAAAGCUCCUCAGCUAAGAUCCUCCUCCUGUGCUCAGCAGGAGUGCAAGCCAAGUGGAGAGCCAUGUGUGGAGAGAAGCCGGUUCUCCUGAGGGAGGACCAGCGCUCACCCAUGGGUGACAUGCUCACUCCAGCUCUUAGCCUCAUCCUGCCCCGUUUGGUACGGUACGCUUCCUUGGAGAAGUACAUCGUGGCUUACUUUGAAGACGUUUGCUCUCCGGAGGAUGUUCCCUCGCCUUUCAGUGUCACGGUUCGAUACAAGCUUAUGAAGCAAUUCGAGGAGCUCUUCUUCAGAAUCCUGGAUGCUGAGCAGCACAGGCCGGGUAGAGUUCAGCACAUCGAAGGUCUUGCAGAGGACAAGUACCACCGUGGUCCUUCUGGUGGAGCUUUGCUGGAGGCCAUAGAAGCCUUCAGGGAAUACCAGCUGGAGCACCCGCACUGGUUUGAAGAGGAGUUUGUGAACGACUGCUAUCUUUAGCACACAUUGUACGUAU